AUGAAGUUCGGCAAAUAUCUGGAAGCUAGACAGCUGGAAUUGGCGGAGUAUAAUAGUCAUUUUAUUGAUUACAAGGCUCUGAAAAAACUAAUCAAACAGUUGGCUAUUCCCACUUUAAAGACGAGCUCGGAGUUAGAUCUACAUUUGACAUUAGAUGAUAUAGAUGAAAAAAUCAUACAUCAGAGAUUGCAAGAAAACAAAGCUGCAUUUUUCUUUAAACUGGAAAGAGAACUCGAAAAGGUCAAUGGAUAUUACUUGGCAAGAGAAUCUGAUUUGAGAAUAAAGUUUAACAUUUUGCACUCAAAAUACAAUGACUACAAGUCAAAUGGUAAAUUAACUUCCAACCAAGCUACUUCAUUCAAAAACUUGUAUGCGGCUUUUAAAAAAUUUCAAAAAGAUUUAAGGAAUUUGGAGCAGUAUGUUGAACUAAACAAAACGGGGUUUUCAAAAGCUUUGAAAAAGUGGGAUAAAAGGUCUCAGUCUCAUGAUAAAGAUUUUUAUCUUGCUACGGUUGUCUCUAUUCAACCAAUAUUCACUAAGGAUGGGCCACUCAAACUAAACGAUGAAACUUUACACAUUCUUUUGGAGUUAAAUGACAUUGACAAUAACAAUAGGACGGCAGGCUUAGAAUCCAAUGAUUUCGUUAGUGAGGAUAAUAAUGACGGAAAAAGAGAGCUUAACAGUUACCAGUUAGCGACAUCAAAAACUUCCGAAAACCAACUUCAACAUAUUUUUUCUGCACCAUCUUCUUCUUCCCUCGAUAUGGAGAUGGAAAUCGAAAACUGGUACAAGGAAAUUUUGAAUAUUACGACUGUUAAAGACAUCCAAAGGAAGCACGCAUUAUUAAGAAAUUUCAGGGAGGCCAAGAUCUUUACAUAUUUAUUACAAAAUGCUUCGGAAUCAUUUCAUAAAAAUGUGUUUUCCCUGUUGAAGGAAUGCCUAACUACACUAUUCUUAUUGUUGGUGGCUAGCCCUCUAGACGAUAACUCCUUGCAUAUCUUUUACAAAAGCAACCAAGACCAUAUCGAUUUGUCAUAUUGUGAUGAAGAUGACCAAGUAUUCUCACGAAAAAACGUAUUUCAUGAAGCCGCAAGCUGCCCAAACCAAUCUCGUUUAUUCGUUCUUGAUGAAGCUUUAACGACUUCAAAAUUAUCCAAAGAAACAGUCCAGAAGUUACUGAAUGCUCAAGAUAUACACGCGCGGGUACCGCUACAUUAUGCUUCAGAACUAGGUAAAUUGGAAUUUGUUCAUUCUUUAUUGAUUACCAAUCUUUUAAAAGAUAUUGAUCCGAUUGAUAGCGAUUCUAAGACACCUUUGGUAUUGGCUAUCACUAACAACCACAUAGAUGUCGUGAGGGACUUGUUAACCAUCGGUGGUGCAAAUGCAUCCCCUGUUGAAAAGCCAGUCUUAGACUACAGUAAGAAUAUAAUCAGCUCUGCUAAAGUCCAAUUUGAUCCUUUGAACGUUGCUUGUAAAUUCAAUAACCACGAUGCUGCUAAAUUACUCUUGGAAAUACGGAGUAAACAAAACGCUGAUCAUAACAAACAAAGUUCUCAACAUUUAUGUCAACCACUUUUCAAGAAAAACUCGACUGGUUUAUGUACCCUUCAUAUAGUAGCCAAAAUUGGUGGUGAUGCACAAUUAAUCCAACUGUUAAUUCAAUAUGGUGCGGACCCCAAUGAAAUCGAUGGCUUCAACAAAUGGACUCCUAUUUUUUAUGCUGUUCGAUCUGGUCAUUCUGAAGUUAUCGGUGAACUAUUGAGAAAUGGAGCACGCUUAGAUAUUGAGGACGAUAAUGGACAUUCUCCAUUAUUUUAUGCAUUAUGGGAGAGUCACGUCGGUGUUUUGAAUGCACUUCUACAAACACCAACGAAUCUUGCACCCAAAUAUUUAAAUGAAGCAGAUGCUCAAAUCAAAAGGCUACAGGCUAGCACGAUCGCUUUAACUCCAAAUGACAAUAAAUCAGAUCUGGACAUUCCAGACAGCAUUCCAGACUUUGCUUUACCUCCGCCUAUUAUUCCCCUUAGAAAAUAUGGUCACAAUUUUUUGGAAAAGAAAAUUUUUAUAAAACUGAAACUAAAACCAGGUCUUGAAUCCAUCAAAUUGACUAAAGAUAACGGCAUUAUUAUGUCUUCUUCACCAGGAAGAAUUACUUUGUCUUCCAAUUUACCUGAAAUAUUACCUCGUAAUAUAAUUCUACCUGUUAGAGUUGAUGAAAACAAUGAUUUUGGUAAAAACAUCAGUGAGACGAACGAUGAAGAAGAUGACGAAGAAAUUAGUGAAGAUCAUGACGACGGUGAACUCAUCUUUCAAGUUGAUUCCAUCAAGGAUUUUUCCAUGGAUUUUGAAAUAUUUCCCGCUUUUGGUACAAGAAUAAUUGCCAAAACAACAGCAAUGUCAUACCAUUGUAUAAAACCUGCAAUGAACAGUAUUACAACCAUAAAUCUACCCUUGUUUGAUACAAGACUAAACAAUAUUGGAUGUCUUACUUUCGACUAUCAAAUUAUUUUCCCAUAUCCAGGAAACCCAUUAAAAAUCAUAAAGUAUGAACCCUAUUGGAAAUCUACAGGAGGUGAUAUGAUGACAUCUUCUAGCAAGGAAGGCAAUUUUGUCACUUCAUCAUCCUUAAAUGGUAGUUUCGUAAGCAUACUAGUUUGCACUUUGAAUGAUGGAACAAUAGUAGCAGCCCCAAAACCCUUUGUCGAGUUCAGAGGGACAAAGAUUUUAUUGAAUGACCUCACGAAAGAACAGUUAGGAAAACUAGUGGACUACGAUUUGGGUAAGAUUGAUGGAAGUUUCAACGAAGUGACUUUAAAGCAAUAUUUGUCGUCAAGAAUUUUCCCAUUGAGAAGUUUAUUAGAAGUCAUUCCAGGAUCAGUUCAGUUAGUGGUCCGGGUUUGUUUCCCUACCGAUGAAGAAAUUGACACUAUUCCCGUUAAAAUUUCCCCUUUUAUAAACAUUAAUGAGUUCAUUGAUAAGUUGUUGCUCAUUAUUUUUGAGCAUGAAAGAUUUUUACGUCAUAACGGGAGUGAGAGUAUGCGUCAAAUAGUUUUCAGUUCAUGUAAUUGGGAGGCUUGUUCGAUUUUGAACUGGAAACAACCCAACUUCCCGGUAUUAUUGCAAAUGAAAAAUCUGUUUAGAGACUCAAACACUGGUAAGUUUAUAAGCGAUACACCAAAUUGUUUGAAAGAGCUGGCCGUGAACCCUCAAAAGAUGUCAUAUUUGGAUACUGCGCCUUUGAACAUACAUACAAUGAUUCAAUUUGCCAUUAAUAAUAACUUGCUGGGUGUUACUAUCCCACAUGAAACAUUAAAGAUAUGCCCCUCAUUGACCAAAAAUAUUAAACAAAGCGGCUUGUUGUUAAUUGCUUCAAUUGACGAAAACGAACAAUUACCCAAUAACGAAAAUAAUAGUGGGAUUUACUGUGGCUCUGAACUGCUAUUUGAGAAUAAUAUUGAUAUGUGA